AUGGAGGUCCUUGGUGCCGUAGCCAGCUCCAUCGCCGUAGUGCAGGCUUUGGCAGCUGGGAAACAUGCCGUCUCUCUUUUUCAAGAAAUUCCGGAUAUUCAGAAAGACUUUGACUAUCUGAUGAAGGAGUUGAACAUGAUCAAAUCCAUGGCGCAAGCUGUCUCGAGAAUGGCUCCCACAGCACUGGAACAAGAUCUUAUCAAUACUGCAGCGCGAAAUCUGAAUGAGGUCACCGCAGAACUCGAAGCGUUAUUACGGAUAUGUUCUCGCGAGAGUGGCCCAGAGGGGAACAAGAUGAACAAGGCAAGGAAGAGAAAGUGGCUUGUAGAGAAAAGCGACAUCAAGAAGCUUCAACAGAGGAUGAGCCAAGCCAAAGAAACUCUUCACUUUGCUCUGAACUCGUCGCGCGUAUCCAACGAUAUUCGAUUUCAGGCAGAAAUGAGACAGAUUAUGAUGAACAUGCAAACGAUGCAUACAAGCUCGCCAAGUCCGCCACUUCAAGUUCCGCAACUACCGGAAAUCAUAGAGAGUCCAGCACCAGUUCAACAACUUCAGGACGAUCAUACACCGGAGUCAGACGCAGUGGUUAUGAACAAUGGUCAUGACAGCAAUCUGAAACACAUGAAUGGCUCUGUGCAGAUAAACUCUGUGGUGUCGACUCAGAGAAUACCAUCUGAUUCAGCAUGCCGAUUUGAUCUUCUUGAUAUAUGGAAGAAUAUCCUGACUGAGGUUGGGUUACCCAGACGUGUCGCGAUUGCUGCUGCCAAUAGACUAAGAAACAAUAAACUCAACGAUAACGAGUCUUACCUUGUUCAAAAAGUCCUCAGUCUUUCUCGGGAUAUAUCUGAAGUGGCAACAACCAAGGUUCACGAGGCCGUCUUUCAGUGUGCGGGCCUGCAAGAAGCAUUACAAGAGCAACCUUGGGCUAUCAACACCAUCGACGACACUGGCGACUCUCCUCUUUAUCUUGCAACGAGGAGGAACCAAGUCAGGUCCAUGGAAUUUCUCAUUUCAGCAGGAGCUGAUGUUAAUCAACAAUCGUACAACGGAUUGACACCUCUCAUGGUCGCAGUCUGGCAACAAGACGUCGAGUCUGUAAAGCUGCUGCUCAAGUCCAAAUCUAACGUUAAUUUGUGCAAUGAAGAAGGCACUACAGCAUUGCAUUGGGCUUCGAUGAAAGUCAACCCCGAGGUCACCAGCCUUUUGCUAGCGGCAGGCGCAUCCGUAAAGCAUCGCAAUAUGUACGGCGAUACGCCACUGUAUAGUCUGGCCGGAUCUACAAACACUACUCAUCAAGACAUCGAAGUAGCCAUUGAGAUGCUGCUCGCAGCAGGAUCUGACCUUGAAGCACGAAACAAUCUAGGGAUUACCCCUUUCCUUCUAUCAAUUCAUCACAAUAAAUUGGAAUUCACAAGAGGUUUGGUAAAGUCAGAUUGCUCUGUUCAUGUUUUGAAUGACUAUUCUCAAAACGUGCUGCAUCUUGCAGCCAGAUUCGCUUCACUAGAAUUACUUUGGUAUCUUUCUGUCUUGGACCUAUCCAGCAUUAAUCCAUAUCAGGAAGACUCAUUUGGCGACACACCCUUUGAUGAUCUCGUCAGAAACUCUCAUGCUACGGGCGAAUGGGACCUGGGGGAUUCUCGUAGGCCAAGUCUCGCCGAGCAAGAGGCUUUUGUCGAGCUUUAUCAAGGCGUUCGAGACCAAGCCCUACAGAAUGAUAUUCAGAAUCUUGAGCGAGUACUCGGCGCGUUGCAAGAGCAGGACAUUGCAGUCGCCCGAGAACAUCUAGCCAUGUUGAUCAGAAAAGAGAAACGAUGGGAGCGUGAAAAUCUGGUUUCUUGGUAUCGAGCUCUCGACAAGCGAAUCCAGCACGCGGAAUGGGAAUUAGCAACAGAAGAUAUAGAGGGUCAUCUACUAGACUUGCAAGAAGAACUCGCAACCCCGGUUUGGGAGAUCCCAUCAAAAUACGGCUACUUAUGGGAAUUUGAUGAUGGAGAGUCAGUCAGUGAAGAGGUAUCUGAAAGUGAGGACAGAUCUGAAAAAUUGUAUGAUUCUGACCAACAAGUCGUACAUGAGGAUGAUGCUCAAGCAGCCUGA